ACGCGUAUACGAACACCAAACGCCGCUUUGCGAAACAAACUCAGCGGAAGCUAGCCACAAAAAUAGCCUCGAAUCAAGCGAAAAUCCUUCCUAUACGACUCGGGUGUGUCCUUCGCUGUGUAAGGGCCUGCAUAGAACGUAGCCAAGCUGACGGCCGUCGUAAAAAUGAAGCUGAUCGACUCGGUCGUUCGAAGCUUCAAGGUGGCGAAAGUGUUCCGCGAGAACACGGACAAAAUCAACGCCAUCGAUUAUUCGUCCAAUGGGGAAAUGUUGAUCAGUUGUAGCGAGGAUGAUCAGAUAGUGUUGUACGAUUGCGAGAAGGGGACCCAGAUUCGGACGGUGAACUCGAAGAAAUACGGUGUGGAUUUGAUACACUUUACCCACGCGAAUAACACCGCAAUCCACAGCUCCACCAAGGUGGACGACACAAUCCGAUACCUGAGUUUACACGAUAACAAGUAUUUGAGGUACUUUCCUGGCCACACGAAGAAAGUUAUAUCCCUGAACAUUUCCCCUGUUGAGGAUACUUUCUUGUCCGGUUCGCUGGAUAAAACUCUGCGUCUAUGGGAUCUCCGAUCCCCAAAUUGUCAGGGAGUAAUGCACCUCAACGGUCGACCGGUGGCGGCUUACGAUCCGGAAGGUCUGAUCUUUGCCGCCGGAGUGAAUUCCGAGAGUAUUAAACUGUACGAUCUGCGGUCGUUCGACAAGGGUCCAUUUGUAACGUUUAAAUUAAAUCAAGAAAAGGAGUGCGACUGGACGGGGCUUAAAUUCUCACGAGAUGGAAAGACGAUAUUGAUUAGCACUAAUGGUUCCAUCAUCAGGUUGAUCGAUGCGUUUCAUGGCACGCCUUUACAAACAUUCACGGGUCACCUAAACAACAAAGGUAUACCAAUAGAGGCUUCCUUCAGUCCCGACUCGCAGUUUAUUUUCUCCGGUAGCACCGAUGGACGAGUUCAUGUGUGGAACGCCGAUACCGGAUACAAAAUUUGCGUCCUGAAUGGAGAUCACCCUGGUCCGAUCCAAUGUGUUCAGUUCAAUCCCAAGUUCAUGAUGCUUGCGUCGGCUUGUACCAACAUGGCAUUCUGGCUUCCGACGGCGGAAGACGCAUAACGCGCGUAAGGCAAUCGGUUUUGGGAUUGCCAAAUCAUAAAUCAGAGUUUGGAACAAUUCAGUUAAACGGUUACACACGAAUGAAGCAAACGCGGAUAGGACAAAAUAAAUAUUUUUUUGAUAA